AGAAAGUCUCGGUCUGGAGCUUUUAACAGGACCGACGCGGCGUUUCUGCCAAGGGCAAACGUGUCGAGACGUUUAUCUUGCAUUGCUGCGACUGGCGCAGGCGAAGCGCCGCACCAGUAUGGCUUUAGCCGUGACCAGCACCACCGCCGCCUGGCCACACGAGUCCGACGGCGUCGUCUUCGCGUCGCUCGAGGAGCAGAAAACACUCUGGUGGUGCCGCGACGGCGGCCUGGCGCAGGCUUCUUCCAAAAUCGUGCGCGUGGCGCUGGACCGCGGCGGCCGCGCGGCCUGCGCCGCGGCCGACGGUGUUAUACAUGCGCUGGCGCCGCAUCUGCGCGGCGCGGCGCGCGAGUGGCGCUGCGUCGCUCAAACGAAGACGGACGUGCCCUCUGUUGAAACGUGGCUCGCCUUCGACUGCGCCCGGGACGGUAGGGUACUGGUCGCGACGGCGCACGGUUUAAAUGUCUUCGCGCCGUCCCUAGCUAAUGAAGAGGCCGUCGAGGACCACGGCCUCACGCUCAACGCGGCGGCACUAUCCAAUUCCGGCGCGUGCCUCGCUGCAUCAAGCGAAAAUCGCCUCGUGGCCUGGCAUCGCACAGAAGAGCGGUGGAUCAACGUGGCGCUGCACCACGACUGCAACCGCGGCUACACCGACCUAAGGUGGGCGGACGAAGGCCGGGAGCGCCUGCUUUGUGUAUCGGAGGACGGCGCGGUCCGCGUCCUUGCAUUGGAACGGAAGGGCCGCGACGGGCCCCUCGCGCUCGAGCCCUUCUGUCAAAUGCGCGAGCCCGGGCCUGAUUUGGUAGCGGCGACGUGGGCUCCAUCAGCUGAUGAUGGGACGGCGCGCGUUUGUGUAACGCGAGAAACAGAUGACGGCCUCGACGUUGAACUAAGACGCGUCCACGGCGCGCCGUCGGACGACGCCUUCGCCGCGCGCGUGCGGCCCGGCGAUAGUGUAGAGGCCGACGCGGCGUUUACCUUGGCUAGUCCAUCAAGUGGGAUAAAGACGGUCGUCGCCCUGGACUCUGAAAGGGUCGUUGUUGUUAGUAAGGUGGAGGCGGAGUCCGUCUAUCACGAUGGCGCGCCGCGGCCGCUCCGCGAUUUACUGGAGACGCCGUCUUCUACUAUCAUAGCGCACCCCUUUCGUAAUGAGCUGGCGGUCCUCGAAGGGAAGCGGUGCCGCAUGUCUACGUGGGAUGCUUCGAGCCAAGGCGGCUGGGCCCGAAAUGACGAUCCUCUACGAUUGCAGAGCGAGGACGAGGCCGCGACCCGGUACAGCGGCGCGUUCCCCUUUUUCACAAAAUCCGUGGAGCUAAGUGGAAACGCUCUGGGGGCGUGCUGGCGCGGCGAUGACCUUAUUGUAGCGUUGGAGACUGGUGAAAUUGUCUCGGACGACAGAACGCUCGCGGCGUCGGCGCCCGUUACUCAAGUGCACGCUUUACUAGCUCGCGGCGACGUGGUCGCGCGCGUCUCGAACACGAGCUUAACAGCUUGGCGCGCCGGAAAACUCGUGGAUGAAGUGUCGAUGGCGCCGACGUGCGCGGCGACGCACGCGUGGCUUUUACCGGCGAGCGCCGCGGCGGUCCUCGUCGGUGAUGGAGACGGCAUUAAGAUAGCGGAGCUGCGCGCGGACCGCUGGGUCCUGGAGACCGCCGUCGCUUGUGCGGCGCCCUCUUUACUAUGUACGGCGGCGGCCGGCGCGCGCGUCGCGUCAUACACUACUGAGAUCACCCUCUACCGGCGCGGUGACGCGACGGACGCCUUCCGCCUGGAGAAACUUUCAACAAUUCAAGCGUCCGACCCCGUCGUCGCGAUGCGGUUUCCCGACGACGCCUCGUCGCGGACGCGCUGCGCGCACGCGUCAAUCGAAAAACCCUGGGCCGCCCCUCCCUCACACCUGGCCACGUCCCAUCGAAACGGCGUCGUCCGCGUCUACGUGCAGAGAGGAGACGCCUGGGCGCUGUGGAGGCGCCUCGAGCCCGUCAGCGGCGUCGCGGGGCGGGCCUUCGCGGGCGUCGCGGAUUUGGUCGAGGCGGAGCGCCCUCCUAGACGACGAGCGCUCGCGCGAGCGUGCGCGGUCUGCGCUGGGGUGGAGGACGACGAAGGUUCGGACGACGAAGAGGACGACCAACUCGCGGCGAUCGUCGCCGGCGCAGCACAGGGGAGCACGUUAGUAGAGAUUGCCGCGAGGGCGCGCAGCGACGGUGACGAGCCGCUCUUCGGCCUGGCGGUCGUACAUUUGCUGCUCGCGGCUGACGAACGGGAGGUCGACCUCUCGCGGAUUCAACAGGGAGAUGCUAAGCAAGCGGGCCCCGUCGCAUUACAAGUUUUAAGGAGGGACCGCCUGAGCUGGUGGGCGCCCACGCGGACGCUCAAGAAGACGGUGGAGGAGGCCGCGGCCGCGUGCGCGCGCCUCGCGGCCAAGGGCGGCCGCGACGUCCCCGGCAGCGCGGCCUCCUCCGCGUUGCUAUACGUGGCCUGCGGGCGCGUCGCGACCCUAAAAACGCUGGCGCGGUCCGACUCGUCGCGAGGAGGUUUGUGCGGCGACUGGGGUCGGAAACUCGGCAAGCUUCUACAAUUCGACUUUGGGACCGAGCGGGGGCAAAUUGCGGGCCGCAAGAACGCCUACGCUUUAUUAGCGAAGCACGAACCGGCCUUGGCCUGCGCGGCGUUCCUGCUGGCUGGCGACGUGCCCGACGCGUGUAGCGUCGCGCUGUCGAAGCUGCAAGAUCCGGAGCUUUCGUUGAUGAUUGCGCGGCUGGCCGACGGCCACGAUGGCUUGGUCUGUGGGCCUCUGGCGCGCAAGGCCCUACGAGGCAUCCUCCGCGCGUACGACUGCUCUCCCGAGACGGCCGCGCUCGCGUCGGUCUGGCUCGGGCGGCCGCAGCGGGCCGCGCGCCACGUCGCGUCCAUCGUCGCCGCCGCGCGGACGCCCAGCGAAACGUCUCCGCUUGAAGCCUUCGAGGCCGCGUUCAACACAAUCCACGGUCCGGGCCUCGUCCGGCGCUUGGUCGGGACGGCGGGCGCGCGGCGCGUCGCGCUGGACGGCGCCCGGGCCUGCCUGAACCGCGGCGCGCCGACCGCUGCCCUCGCGGCGCUCGCGGCGCUGGAUGCGGAGGUCGCGCCGUUCUCCAGUCCCGUGCGCCGCUUCGCGGCCGCCGGCGCGGCGCCGCCGGCGCCGCCGCCGGCGUCCUCGAUCUUCGACGACUUCGCCGCCGCGCCGCAGCGGCCGGCGCCCGCGGCGCCGGCGGCGUCGUCCAUAUUCGACGACUUCGACGCGGCGCCGCCCCGCAAGGCCCCGCCGCCGCCCCAGGCGGAAUCCUCCAUCUUCGACGGCUUCGACGCGGCACCACAACGGCAAGUAGCGCCGCCGCCGCCUCCGCAAAGCUCCAUCUUCGACGAGUUCGACGCGGCACCACAGCAGCGCCAAGCCCCGCCUUCCAUGCUCGACGGCUUCGACGCCGCGCCGCAGCGGCCAGCAGCGCCGCCGUCGAUGCUCGACGGUUUUGACGCCGCGCCGCAGCGGCGGGCGCCGGCCGCCGAUACGCCGCCCGCGCGCGAGGACGCCCCGACGGAAGCGGCGUCGUCCGGCGACGACGACACCCCGGAGGCGCCGCCGCCACCACGGGAGCGCGCGCGCGAGGUGGCCCUGGAGGCCGCGGCGGCGCGGCUCGCGGCACGCGCGCGGGCCUGCGCGCGCCAGGUCGGCGGCGAUGAUGUAAAAGCGCGCCUCGCCGCGCUGAAGACCGAAGCGAAGGAGCUCCGGGCGACGCACGGCCUCGCAGCGACGGAACUUAGUGAAGCGGCCCUCGCGACCCUCGCGGCAGAACCCGGACCGCGGCCCGCGACGGCUUAUACGAUCAUCCACGCGGCGACAUCAAAUGAUCCGACGGCCGCGGCCCGGCGCGUCUUGACAAAGGCCGCGACGGACGCGCUGCGAUUCGCCUCCCUCCCGAACGACGCGGCGCCCUCUUCACAAGCGCGCGCCGAAGCCAAUCAGACGGCGGACGACCUGCGCGCCUGCGUGACACUCUCCGAAUCCUUGGAGAACUUCGCCUCCCAAAAGCUCGCGCAGCGGGCGGCGGCCGGCGCACGAUGUGCUUCGACGAAAGCGCCGCCCGAACGGCGCAGAAGGGUCUACCGUUGUUUAUUGGAGCACCCCCCCCAGCAAUCAAGCGACGAGGUCAACGGCGCGGCCGGCGCGGCUCUUGACUUAGCAAAGCGCUUCGACGACUCGAGAGGCUGGGACCGGCUCCGAGCUUUAGACAGGAGAGGCGCCGAGGACGCGCUGCAAGACAAAGCACCUGGUUCAUUUCUGUUGAGGCCCCAGCAGGGGUCGAGCGGCGACGCCGCGGUGGCCAUAUCUUUUGUGGUGGAAGGGAAUCAGGUGCAGCACGCCAUUAUUCGCGUCUCAGAAAAUGACGGGGGAUUAGAGUACCGGUCGGGGCGCCUGGGCCCCGCUUCGUCAUUAUGGUUAGUAUUGGAGGAGAUUUCGGAGCGACUCGGCGGCGCGGGCCUGGAUCUGACGGAAGCGGCGACGACGUGGCCCUCGGAAGCACUUGAUCAACAUUUGCCUCCUGAUGUUGGUGGUGAUUUAGAUGAUCUGGGCGGGCACUGGGCCUCUUCUGCUUCAUUACCCGGAAUCUACUGGUCCGCGGGCGAGCGAAGGAAGCGCAUUGUGGAUGUGUUGGCGUGUGACGAGUUGAGGAAGCAACUUCGGGACCUCGGGGCUUUGUCGCCACCGUUGGAGCGACGCGCCUCCGCUUUAAGAAAAGAAAUACUCCGGCAGCUCACGCCUCCUCUCCAAGACCUCCACCACGGUAUUAGUGAUGGUAGAAGGCAUAGAUCGCCCGCUCCUUUGCGGCGGGGCUCGCCCGUGGCGUCGCCUCCCACGUCGCCGCCGCGGCAGAAGCCAAUUGCUGCGGAGGACGGCCACGUCCUGGCGCAAUUAUUGCAUCCGCGGUCGGGCGUGUCCCUACGAGCGCCGCGCACGGCCGUCGGCUUCCUCACUCCAAGUGUAAAUGCCGUGGUCUCGGCCUGCUUCGCGCCCGACGAGGCGGCCCAGUGGCUCGCGCAACAUGCUCACGCGACGGACGAAGAGGACGCGGCCCGCAAGUUAGACGCGUGGAAGGGUCUGCGCAUUCUCGUAGAUGCGCCGUCGCAUGAGCCGCAAUUGCGUUAUGUGGAUGCGUGGGAGUGCGAGCCCGUCGGAGACGACGAGGACGAGCUAUGUAUUGAAGGUACGGUGGCCAUCGGACGGAACUACUAUCAACGACCGCAGCCGACCAAAGGUGAUUUAAGUCGUUUGUUAGACGUGGACGAGUGGGUGUCUUCAGUUAUUAGGAAUGCUCAUGUGGACGUAGAUGAUGACGAUCUGACGACGCCGUGGCCGCCGCAGCCCACUUCGAUCGAUGUUGAUUCGUCUUACAAGAGACACGUGCGGGGCUUUUUGCUUCGCAACGCCUGGUUCCGGCGGCACGGGUUGAAAAGGCGUUUUUCGGCUUCUGUUAGGGUGGAUCUCGAGGCGCUGGAGACCAUGGCCGGGGCCUUAUCCCCUGGAGCGGCGGAGGCCGCGCAAGCGGCACAACGCGCGCCGCCGGUCGACGACGCCUUCGCUGUGUUAAGACUAAGGCACGCCCGGCCGAAGGGCUCGCAGGCGCCUCCUCCUUUAUCGGAGAAGCUGCGGACGCGGGACUCGUGCAUCGCCAAAAGACGGGGCAAGGUUCAUGUUGGUGGUGGUGCGACCUGGGGCGCCGCGGCCGCGUUUAGAUUUGCGCUGCCGGACGAGGCGCUCCCGCCGCAAAAUUCUGUAAGAUUGCCGACGCGGGGGCCGCCGACCGUCGCCUACGUCUGCGUCUACCGCCGCGAGAAGCACGCGCUGGCCGCGCUCGGCGUGCCGGCUCAGGAGACCUAUUUGGGCGACGUGGAAGUACCGCUCGACAACCUGACGGAGGACCAACCACUUACACAGUGGCUGCCCCUGAACGGGGGCAAGGGCCAGCACUGGUUUUUGCGCGUCCGCGUGACGCUGGCCUUCGUGCUUUGUGAGCUCGCUGACGCGCCUGCCUCUGUUUCUCCGAUGCCGACGCCCGACGAGCGGCCGAAGCUCGUGAGUUCGUUUUCGGACUUUGGGGAUUAG